AUGGUGACUUGUACCAUACAGCCAUCGGGUGAUGAGGAAGAAGGAGACACAGAAAUGACACAGCAGGACACAGCCCAGGUUCCAGAGCCACCAAAGAAAACCAAACAGGUGAUCACCACCAAGAGCAGCCGUUCCAGCAGUCCCCUGACUCUAACAUCUUCUAACACAGCAGCACACAGCAUAAGGCGAUGGAACAUUGCCACGCACACAAGCGACAUCACAGUUCUGUCAAAGAUUUUUUCCAGUCUUACGUCAUCUGUACUUCCUGACUCUCUCAAAUUCUGUCACCUCAGCUGCUGCAUAACAGCUCCAGUGGGUCUUCCAGCAUCUCUGUGGAAUGUUACCAAGCCUACAGAGUGCUUCCUGAUACAACCAAAGGAAACAAAAGAGGAUUCCCAGAAGACCAGGAAGUGGAAAAAGAAGAAAAUUUCUGAUAUUCUUGCGAAAUCAGAGCCCAAACCAGGAACCUCUGAAGACCUACAGAAGCUUCUCAAGGACCAUUACAGCGGCAGUCGGUCCGUGAUUGAACUAGAGGAGCUGCACCUGCCAGACUCCUGUUUCCUCAAGGCCAAUGAUUUGACUCACAGUCUCUCUUCAUACCUAAAAGAAAUCUGCCCCAAGUGGGUAAAACUUCGGAAAACCCACAAUGAGAAGAAGUCGGUGCUGAUGCUGAUCCUCUGCAGCUCUGCUGUCCGGGCCCUGGAGCUCAUAAGGUCUCUGACAGCAUUCAGAGGAGAUGCCAAAGUUAUGAAAUUAUUUGCAAAACACAUAAAGGUCCAGGAGCAAGUCAAGUUGCUAGAGAAGCGUGUGGUGCACCUGGGUGUGGGGACUCCAGGGAGAAUCAAAGAGCUUGUUAAACAAGAUGGCCUUAAUUUGAACCCCUUAAAGUUUCUGGUUUUUGACUGGAACUGGCGAGAUCAGAAGCUACGGAGAAUGAUGGACAUUCCCGAGAUAAGAAAGGAGGUUUUUGAGCUUCUAGAUAUGGGAGUGUUCAGCCUAUGCAAGUCAGACUCCUUGAAGCUGGGUCUUUUCUAAGCCUGGGGCCUGAUGAAGAGUCCAACUGCCAACAUAUUCCAAGUGCUCAGUAACCUACUAUGACGUAAUGACAUUUACUGCAUCACCCAGUGGAUCUCUAAGAAUGUUCCGUGGGGAUUCUUUGGCCGAUAUGAA